AUGUUCCACGUCCGGCGUCGGCCGUCGGAGGGUCAACCGCGGCGGCGCAAGAAGAAGCCGAGCGGCGGCGCGGGCGCACGUCCCGGAACAGACCCCAUGCUCAUUGAGGUCACGCCGGACGGCACCGCCCUCGAGAAUGGACGCCGGCUGCGAGUCGCCGAUGUCGUCGAGGUGGGAUCGGUGAACGGUACGGCGCUGCAGUUGUACGGGCCUUCCAUUCAGCCGCGGCACUGCGUGCUGGCUCCGGCCGACGGCGGACACUCCGUCACUCCGCUGCACGCCGACGCACAGGUCUACGUCAACGGACGGCGGGUCACGCACACUACUAGACUACAGCACGGCUGCCUACUCAAAUUCGGCCGAGUGUCGACCUUCCGUUUCGUCGACCCGGCGCAAGAAAACCUCAUCAACCGCAACCUUUCCCAGUCGCAACAUUACGGCUCGGGCUCCAUCUACGACAGGUCUACCGCGGACAGCGGAGCCAUGUCUCCCUCGUCGCUGGCCUCGCAACCCCGGGACCUCGACGACGACGACGAGGACCACCCCGACGACGCGCCGUACGACGACGAAGACAACGACAAUAACAACACGCUCAAGCCGGAACGGUCGCCCCGCUCGACCGAUUCCAAGCACGAGUACGGCCGCGACGAGCGCGAGCACUCGAGUCGCACCUCGCACCGUCUCAGCUACAAGGACAACUACGAGACCACUUUCGACCUGGACGGCAACGUCGAGACCAAGAGCAUCUGUAGCGCCAAGAGCGGGGGCUCCGGACACGAAAAUAGAAGCGGCGGCGGCGCGUGGCGAGCGGGACAGGAGGCGAUCCUCCCGGCCGUCCUGGAGUUUCCCGAGGCGGGGCAGGCCCAGUUCCUGUCCGCCGUCAUAGCGAGGCUCGACCCCCACGCCCCGGCCUUCAAGCUGGCCCCGGUCUACACGCUCUACCUGUGUGCCAGAUACCGCGCGUCCACCCACUACCGGCCGGAGCUGACGCCGACGGAACGAGCGCACAAGCUCACCGCCUUCUUGCACCACGUCGCCACCCUCAUCCACGCCACCGUUCAGGAGCGGCGCGCGGACUCCGCGGCGCAGGCCUUCUGGAUGGCGAACGCCAGCGAGCUGCUGCAUUUCCUCAAGUGCGACCGGCACAUCUGCUCCUUCUCCACGCAGGCGCAGGAGUCGCUCCCCAUCACGGUGCAGAACGCGUUCAGCAACCUGGUGUCGUGCUUCGCCGAGGAACUUCGCGGCGCGGUGUGGGCGCUGGCCCGCGGCGGAGGAGACGACACGGAGGCCACGGCGCCCGUGCUGCAGGCGCUGGCCGCCGCCAUGGUGCUGCUGCGGCGCUGCCGGGUGAACGCCGCGCUCACCAUUCAGCUGUUCUCGCACCUCUUCCACUUCAUCAACGCCAUCGCCUUCAACAAGCUGGUCUCGGAGCCGAACAACAUCACGCCUCGAUGGGGCGCCUCCUUGUCCGCUCGCCUGGCGCUGCUCGCGGCCUGGGCCGAGAGACAGGGGCUGGAGCUGGCGGCCGACUGCCACUUGGCGAGGACUCAUCGAGCGGCACGUCUGAUCCAGGGCGAGUACCGGACGGCGGAGGAAGUGAGAGCCGCACUGGCGGCCUGCUUCAAGCUCAACUCGGUGCAAGUGCGGGCUCUGCUCUCGCCGCUGCUUCCUCCCGAUCUCGUGGAGGCCGCCGUGGCGCACGCCCGGGCCCUCGCGGACGAGCUGUACCGGGCCGACGGAAGAGAGAUCGAGCUGGAGGAGAGCGAGUGGCUGGGCACGGCGCUGCUGAUCCCCGGAGACGGCUUCAGCGCGGAGGUGGUGCGCGGCGUGCCGCCCGGCCUGGCCGAGUUCGUGGCGCCGCUGCAGAGGGGCGGGCUGUGUCGUCUGGCGCCGCAGCCGCACGCCGUCGGGCUCUGGACCGUCUACAUGCACGCGCACGCCGCUCCGCCCCGGCGCCCGCCCGACCCCACGCCGCAGCUCAUCCAGCUUCACAAGAACUCCAACGGCAUGGGGCUCAGCAUCGUCGCCGCCAAGGGCGCCGGACAGAGCAAGCUGGGCAUCUACGUCAAGUCCGUGGUGGCGGGAGGAGCUGCGGCGGCCGACGGACGCCUGGCGGCCGGAGACCAGCUGCUGUCGGUGGACGGUCACUCGCUCGUUGGCAUCUCGCAGGAAAACGCGGCCGAGUACUUAGUGAGGACGGGCCCGAUAGUGACCCUGGAGGUAGCCAAGCAGGGCGCCGUGCUGCACGGCCUCGCGACUCUAUUGCACCAGCCGGCCUACGCGCAGCAACGUCCGGAUGACGACGUACCGUACGAGGACCGCGUGCGCCGAAACUCGGGCACGUUCACCAACCCUCACCCGGCCUUGCUGAAGCCGACGUCGCCUCUCUCGGAACUGGCCACCGCAGGAUACGGCCGUCGUCUCGAUCGCGAUAGAUGUCAUCUUCUCAGAAACGCAUCUUCCGAAUCUAGCACGACGGAUGACAGUGAAGACGUAUUAUCACGUUAUCGCGGUUUCAUACCUAGGCUCGUCGUGACGUCAGAUAGAGAAAAUAACGAGUCGCAAGACGAUUUGACCCCGGAUACGUCCGGCCGUUCCGCGGAAGCGAAUGGCGAUCUCGCCGCGCGCCGACGAGUCCCGGUGUUCACUUUUACAUGCGACGACGACGACGACCCCUCUCCGGGAGACACUCACGUCCCGUACGAACCUCCGCCUCCCGUCCCGCCCCCUGUCCCGCCCCCCGCUCUCUACUGCGAACGUCGCGGUGACGACGGGGAGCGCGUCCGUCUUCCGCCCCGAAUGAAACCCAUUAGUACAAAACUCCUGCUAGACAUGUGCAAGGCUCGCGUCGAAGAAGAACGCUACGCGCGGAGAUGUACGACCGUCGGCGACUGCGCGAGUGCGUGUGAUUGUUGCCGCACGCCGCAACCGGAGGGGCCCCGGAUACCUUACAUCGACGAACCCGACUGCGAGCCGGUCAUCUUCGAGAAGGACGGGGCGAACGAGAAAAUACCCACCCCAAAAAUACGUAGAAUACUCCCGUCGCUAUCCCUCGACGGGUCGGAGGAGAAGAGACCGGCGACCGCCGACGCCACCUGUCAGACUCCGCCCUCGCCGUCCGAAAUGGGAACCGAGCCUGUCGUCUCGGCGAACACAGAACGACGCAGAUUGAAAUUGAAAUUUAGUGAUGAAUUCAAAAAUUUACAAGACGUUCACUGCCGGUUGAGGAGAACCAUUUUCAAUAUGACCAAAUCGUUGACGAGUAAAUCUGAUGAAACCGAAUAUACUUCGACCGCGUCGACGAAAGAAAACUGCAGUACAAAAAGAAAUAAUUUUCUUCAAAAGACGUGUAAUAAAGUCGAGAGGAAACCUGACGAUACGGGUUUGGCGCGUGCUGAAAAAAAAUCUUGGAAAUCGCCCGACGAAUACCGUCCCGCAUUCGGCAAAGUCAAAGCUUUAACUAAACGUUUCAACGAGAUAAACCUCACGUACUGCGUGAAAAACUACAAAAGGAAUUGGCAAUCCAGUCCCGACCUGACCAUUGCUCGCCUCGAGAGUUCGCCCGAGCACAGACUGAGCUUACCGGUCAGCGCUAGCUUGGCCGACAUGCAAAAUCACAUCCGUUACGAGCGGAGCGCGACCGACACGAGUCGAGGCGAAAGUAAACUGUCCGAAAAAGAAGUAAGGAGCAUUCUGAUACAGCUCGAAGACUGGUCGAAAUUCGGGUCUCGCGGCAGCGAGGACACCCUCGCCCAGGGCAAUGAAUUCGAAUUGCCAAAUUUGCCUUCCGAAGAUCACACGGAAACAAACGCCUCGAUUAACGGGAGUCUUGUGUUCGGUGAAAUUGACAAAAAACCAAGAAUUAUAACGCUCGAUAAUAUACAGUUGAAAUCGACGAAGUCCGGAGUCAGUACCCCGAUCAAAUUAAGCGAAGAUUACUGUAUAACGGACAGUACAGAAAACUGGGACGAAUCGCGCGCACCUAGAAUCGUGGACGCGGUGCGUCGAGCGCGCUCGUCGUCUUCGGACGUGUCGACGCGUCGGCUGUCCGAGCGGACGGACCGGGACACGGCCCUCGCGACCGGCCGCUCCGAGCUGAGCGCCAGCGACGGGUGUCUCAGCUGUCCCACGUCCUCGCUUCUUUCGACCGACUCCAGCUCGCGUAAGACCUCCUCCCACAGCGCAUGA